AUGCGUCACUCGAGUCAUGGUAUUCUUUUUACCGUCGUCGACGACUGCACUAAUUCGGAGAAUAGAAAGCAGGGCGUCUCCGGCAGAACCCACUUCGAGGCCGAUCCGGCGGAUUGA